ACGAGGCUGGGCGCGUUACCAGUGAAUAGAAAAUUAACAGCAAUUAAAAUCAUACUGCAUAUAAAGGGAGUGUAUGGAACCAAAAAUUCAAUGUUUAAAAUACUUUUUUAUCGAACGCAUGCAGCUACUUUAAGUCUGGAUGAUUAAUGCAAGCAUGAAGCUGUUAGUUUUUUGUUUUCUUUCAACCGUUGUGACGUCAUCACUGGCUCAGAUUUCUGACACGCUGAGCAACUGUCGACCAGUUCUGAAACGUACGAAGUGUACUGGCUUUAAUUCCCGGCAGUCAUUUCGAACCGUCGACGGAAGUUGUAAUAACCUUAAAAACCCUACACAAGGAGCAGCGAACACGCCUUUGAAACGGCUUCUGGGCGCAGAUUAUGUUGACUUAUUAAAUCUUGACACUCCACGGGGUUUCCCUGGAACCAAACCAGUUGUGUCCACGCCCCAUGAAGUUGCAGGCGCAGUGUUUUCCGCCCACAUAGAAAACGUUCAAAGAGCAAGAGGAUUAUCAUCCAUGUUUAUGGCCUUUGGUCAGUUUGUUGACCAUGACGUGGGAUUGACAUUGCACCCUAGCUGUGACGUUUCUGCCGGAUGUGGAUCAUCGUCGGCAUUUGAGUAUCCGUGCUUUCCUAUUAAAUUCACAAAUAGUGGUUCAUCCUGCACAGCUUUCGCUCGUUCUAUUCCCGUUUGUCAAACAACAAAAAAAAGAACAGUUCGAGAACAAAUCAACGUUUUGUCUUCAUAUCUUGAUGCUUCACAGGUUUACAGCAACGACAAAACAAUUUUUAAAUCUUUGAGAACAUUGGAUGGGACAGGACAAAUGAAAGUUACCACGGAUCAACUUCUUCCAAUUUCUGUCCCUGCUUCGAGCCCCUCAUGCAACAAUCCUGCUGGCUGCUCAUUAGUUGGUGACGAAAGAGGCGACGAGAACAUCGCGCUAUACUCUGUGCACACACUCUUCGUUAGAAACCAUAACCUUCUGGCUAAAGGACUGCAACAACGUAAUCGUAGGUGGAGUGGAAAUAAAAUAUUUGAAACAGCAAGAAAAAUAAAUAUCGCCAUUAUACAGCAUAUCAUUUACUCAGAGUUUGUUCCAGAACUAACUACCUUAAAACGUUAUUCAAACUACGACAGAAAAACAGAUGCCAGUAUUCUUAAUGUGUUCUCCACCGCGGUGUUUCGUUUUGGUCAUAGUCUUAUACCAAACGCUUGGGCAUUGCUCGAUAAAAACUUCAAUAAAGCUUUUGAACCUGUUUCUCUUCAAGCAUCUUUUUUUAACACGGCACCAGUGCGUCAACAUGGAAUAGAACCAGUCAUGUUUGGUCUACUUCAGAAUCAAUCACAACUCGUGGACACGCGGUUCGCGUUCGGCAUAGCUCGCAGAUUAUUUGUUCCAGUAGGUGAAAUUAAGCACGAAGAUUUAACAGCGCUAAAUAUCCAAAGAGGACGUGACCACGGAUUACCAACAUACGGAGCAUGGCGAAAAGAAUGUAAAUUAAAGAAAUUGAAUUCGUGGAAGGAUUUGAGAGGUGUGAUGCCUGCUUCGGUGAGAAUAGGUCUUAAGAAGAUAUACAAACAUCCAAAUGACAUCGACUUGUUCGCUGCAGGUAUUGCUGAGAAACACGUUGGUGGAAAAGUAUUAGGUGCGACUUUUCAGUGUAUCUUGAAGACUCAAUUUGAAAGAUUAAGAGAGGGCGACCGAUUGUAUUACGAGAGAAAGGGGGUUUUUACCAAUGCCCAAAGGAACGAAAUCAGAAAAAUGAGUUUGGCUAAAGUCCUGUGUGAUAACCUAAAAGGGGUAGUUUCCAUGCAAUCGAAAGCGUUUCGGGCCUUUACACCUCGUACCAGGCGACGUGAAUGCAGUUCAAUACCAGGCUUAAACUUAGAUGUUUGGGCCUAGACAUCAUGAGCAAUUAACUUUCGUUUCAUUAAUUGAUUUAUUAUUGUUUUUAAACUUUGCUACCCUAGCACCUUUGCAAACUUGUAAACAUAUUAUGUGGAUAUUUUGCAAUGCACUGCUUUUCCGCACAA